CUUUCUUUCAACAGGAACGUAGCUAUUAACACGAUGAAUGGUAACUGAAGACUGUCAUCAAGUGAUAAACAGUGAAUUCAAACAUUUUUAUAUUAUAUAUAAAGAAAGUUUAAAGAUAUAAUGAUUCAGGAGAUGAAUUUUCGAAGAUACUUUCAAGCAGUGAAAAGAAUUACAGUAUUGAAUAAUCGCCACAGUAGCAGUAAUUGCAAAACAUUUAUUUGCAGUCCUGAUGUAAAAGUGGCAAAAAGAAAUGGACUUCCCAUUGUUGCCUUAGAGUCAACAAUUAUUACUCAUGGAAUGCCCUACCCUGACAAUCUAAAAACAGCUAUUCAAGUAGAAAACACUGUCAGGAAAAAAGGUGCUAUACCUGCAACUAUAGGAAUUUUAGAUGGACAGAUACAUGUUGGUUUAAAUGAUGAACAAUUGCAAAUACUGGCUAAGUCAGAUUCUACUAAAACUAUUAAGUGUUCAUCCAGAGAUAUAUCAACAAUUGUUGCCCAAAAGUUCAAUGGUGGAACAACUGUUAGUGCAACAAUGUUAAUAGCAAAUUUAUUAGAUAUACCUAUAAUGGCAACAGGAGGUAUUGGUGGUAUUCAUCAUGGAGUUGAUAUGACUUUUGAUAUUAGUACUGAUUUAGUAGAGCUUGGCCGUACUCCUGUAGCUGUUGUUUGUUGUGGCAUUAAAUCUAUAUUAGAUAUUGGAAAAACAUUAGAGUAUUUAGAAACUCAAGGAGUUCCAGUUAUAAACAUAGGUAAAACAAAUUAUAUUCCUGCAUUUUACUGCAUUGAAACACUUCAAAAAAUAAAAGUACCACAUAAAGUAUCAAAUGCACAAGAAGCAAUGGAGAUUAUCAAAGCACAGAGAGAAUUAGGUUUUAAAAUGGGAUUAUUGUUUACUGUCCCUAUUCCUGAAGAGUAUGCAUUAGAUUGCGAAGAAAUGGAAUUAGCUAUAUGUAAGGCUUUGGAAAAUGCAAAGUAUAAAAAUAUAAGUGGAAAAAAUGUCACACCAUUUUUACUAGAAGAGAUAAAUAAAAUUACUCGUGGUCAAUCUCUUCGUGCUAACAUGGCACUCAUAGAAAAUAAUGCAACUGUAGCAGCAGAUAUUGCAAUGAAUUUAGCUAAUAAAUGUUUUCAAUGA